AUGGGGACCGCAGCACUUCUGGCGGAGGUGGCAGACCCCACCGUCACGGUAAUCCUCAUAAAGAGGCAAAGGAUAGACAAGGGCAGAGGCGCCCCUGGGACGUGUCCUGGAGCAGCAUUGGAUGGGACAACGAACUCGUUGGGCGCUCACAUUAUCGUGGGCGGGAUCACAAGGCAAGUUUACCCUGCAAAUGAUGGGCAGGUCCUUGGGUUUGGGAAUACCCGAUCCAGGCAAACGGGUUCACCCGGUCGAGAAGAGCGUUGUGUCUCUGCCACAUCCCAAACCACAGUCAUUCGCAACGUGGAGCUUUGA